CACAGUUGAGCCUUGACAGCACAACAUCGGAUCAGCACUGCAGUGAUGGCAGGCACUGAAACAGUUAUGUCCCUCCAAGAAUUAAUUGCAUCCUUGGAUCAAACUUGUCUGCCACGGAUUCUACAGGUUUGCUCUGGGGUAUACUUUCAAGGGUCUGUUUAUGAGCUGUCGGGAAGCGAGGUGUGCCUGUCCACGGGGGACCUGGUGAAGGUCAUCAACAUCGAGCUCCUUUCUGUCAGCUGUGAGGACAUCAGCAACAAUGAGAAUUUUGAGCUGCCCCUCAACCAUGCAGAUCUGUUCAAGCUGGUUCCAGAGGAGAUGCCAUACAGCACAGUAGAGGAGAUGGUGAGCCUGAGGCCUGUAGGCCUGGACACCUGUCUUCCCUUCACCUUCACCAGCCGAUGUGAGCUGACCUUUGAGAAUUUCACCCUCGGGGCCGGGAGGGCCGUGACCAUGCUGUCCAUCGAGCAACAGGACGGGGGUGAGGAGAGCCGCGUCCGCUGUCAACUCCGAGGCCAGCAGGGGGCGUCGGCUGAAGUGCUAGUCCCCUUCUCCUGCCGUGGGGAGUUCUAUGAGUGUGAGAGUGACCAGACCUACACCCUCCAGGAGAUCAUGUCCUCACCCCACCUCUGUAGCCGGCACUUUUGCUUCAGCAAGAAGACCAAGUACGGGGGAUCGCUAGUCUUCAGCCCCAUAUACCAGGUUCAGGCCAUCAUGCACUUGAGGAAGAACAUAGUCAAGUUCCCCUCCAGCUUGGAGGUGGAUGUGGUCGACGUGACGACCCAAUCCCAAGACUUGACAUUUGUGACUCCGCUCACUCUGCCCGAGGUCUUUGCCCAGCCAGACGAGGCCUUCCCCACCAUGGCUGAAAUACUGGAGCACCAUGAGGGCCAGCCUCUGUUCCACUGUACCUGGCUGGCUGAACUACACAAGGGCCAUCCUCUCGUCCUUCACAAGCGUGGUUCCUCAGCCAUGGUUCUGGUUUCGGGUCUCAAGGGGCGCAAGGCCCGCCAGUACUUCCUAGUGUCUCAGAGCUACGGGGGGCGGCUGCGACGGAGGCCGCGGGAGUUUGACUCGGUGUACGAGCUGUACACCGCCUCAACCCGGGCUCCGUUUCUCACGGUCAGGGUGACGCGGCACAGUGAGGAGCUGGAGGAGGAGGGGCUUCCGGCGCUCAGUGUGGGUGAGCAGCUGGAGGUGCUGCGCUGCGAGAAGGUGAAGCUGCCUGGUGGAAGAACCAGCCAGGGGGAGAAGAACCAGACUGUGGAGGUCGUUGUAUGUAGACGUCUCCAAGAAGUGGACGAUGAUGAGGAGGAUGAAGAAGAGGAGGAGGAGAGCGAGGAGGUCCACUUGCCCAUGUAUAUGCAGGGCCACUUUGUGGAGAAGCUCACGGACAAUAAGAAGUACAGCCUGAAGGACUUGGGCAAGGGCUUCGCUCUGCCGUUGGACGUUAAGGUGGUGAGCCGUGACGCAGAGCUGGAGACAGAUCCUCUGGUGGGGUUCUCAUCCCUGAGGCUGGAGGAGUCUACUAUACAGCCCAUGAUACAGGCCAGCCUUCCAGGAAAGCCAGAGAGGUGCUUUGAGAUACCCACUCACUGGCUUAACAUGUCUUUGUCCUUUACUAACGACCCCUUGCCUUUGGCCCAAGAAUAUCACCUGGAGACAGUUACAGAGGUGACGGACUCAUUCUAUUACGAAUUUAGAAAGCUCACCACAUCAGAUGAGCCCCCACCACCACGUCCACCAAAGCCGUCAUCAAGAUCAAAGCCUUCCAAGGCAACCCCUUCACCCUCACAACCAUACGCCCCCUGCCCUCCACCCAAAAGCGGCACCCUUUCCCUGUUGAGUGAUCUAAGUCUUCAUAGCAAAAAGACUCAAAGGCCCCCUGCUCCUCUGCCUCCGGCUAUCACGGAUGAUGCCCCUCCCCUGAAUCCAAGAAAGCCUAUGACCGGAGUCAAAUCAGGCAAGGCUCAGCCAAACACUUACGUCAAGUCUAUAGGUCACAAGCCCAACAAUAAAGCAGCGGCGAAAUAUGAAGUGCAAGCAGACAUGGACAGCAACCAUGACUAUGAGGAAAUGGACGACAUGGUGAAAAGAGCACAGGACAGUGUUUUAUUUUACUGAACUAGCCACCGCAACAGGAAGAACUAUUAAAGGGUUAACUUUUCAAGCAGCCUAGUCUCGUUGCAUAAAUUAGACUACACUAUGGGGUGCAAGACAACUGAAUGUCAGAACUAUGCAGACUGAUAGCCAGCCACUGUAAAUGUGGAUACUUUGAGAUGGGACUGUGCAAAAAAGGGGCACGUCUUAUUGGACCCACCUUUUGUUACUUGGUUUUCAUUUUCUCUAAUGUUGCUGCAGUCACAAGCAACACUUGCCAAUCGAUUACCCCAAAUGCUUAUCAUAAUAAAAACCCAUUGGUGUUUAAGGUCCAGUUAUAUUUCAUAAUUUAGCAGUGUAUUUUGAAACUAACUUUUUCUCCCUAUUUUAAAACUCAAUGAUGCUAGUCUGGCAGUGUCAGUGACCUUACUGAGGUCAAUAUAAGAAAGCCAGAGUGAUAACAGUGGGGAACUUCAUUCUCAACAGAAAGCUUUACUGGUGCAUAUGUAUAAUUGCUUUGGGUAUCAAUACUG